UGGCGUCGGCGUCUCGGGCUCCGGCUCGGCUCGGCUCCAGCUCGGGCUCAGCGCGCCCCCCGGCCGGCCCUCGCCCAGCGCCCGCCUACCUGCUGCUCCCGCGCCCCGCGCCUCCCUCCCUGCCUCCCGCGCUCCCUCCUCGCGCCGGUUGUCGGAACCUCGGGCUGGGUGCCGAUGGAACCGCCGCGAUGUUCGCUCCCCGGCUCCUGGAUUUCCAGAAGACGAAGUACGCGAGGUUCAUGAACCACCGAGUCCCCGCCCACAAGAGGUACCAGCCCACCGAGUACGAGCAUGCGGCCAACUGUGCCACCCACGCUCUCUGGAUCAUUCCCAGCAUCCUCGGCAGCUCCAACCUCUACUUCCUGUCCGACGACAACUGGGAGACCAUCUCCGCCUGGGUCUACGGGCUCGGCCUCUGUGGGCUCUUCGUGGUGUCCACCGUGUUCCACACCAUCUCCUGGAAGAAGAGCCAUCUCAGGAUGGUGGAGCAUUGCCUGCACAUGUUCGACCGUAUGGUCAUCUACUUCUUCAUCGCGGCAUCCUACGCACCCUGGCUGAACCUUCGGGAGCUGGGCCCCUGGGCCUCCCAUAUGCGUUGGCUGGUCUGGAUCAUGGCCUCGGUGGGCACCAUCUAUGUCUUCUUCUUCCACGAGCGAACGGGGAGCUGUGUGCCGUUCCUCCUGGGAGGCUGUCCCGAGGCCCAGAUGGCUUGUCUUCCUGCCAGGUACAAGCUGGUGGAGCUGCUCUGCUACGUCGUCAUGGGCUUCUUCCCCGCCCUGGUCAUCCUCUCAAUGCCCAACACCGAGGGCAUCUGGGAGCUGAUGACCGGAGGGGUCUUCUACUGCUUGGGUAUGGUGUUCUUCAAGAGUGACGGGAGGAUCCCUUUUGCCCACGCCAUCUGGCAUCUCUUUGUGGCCUUCGGGGCUGGUACCCACUACUAUGCCAUCUGGAGGUACCUCUAUCUGCCCAGCACCCUGCAGGCCAAGGUGUCCAAAUGA